GCGAGCUGUUGUUGCAGUGAUACAAAUGUCUCUGCUUUCAAAACCAUGAAGGCAUGAACAUAAGAUUACGCGUCUCCACAACAACACUAUAAAAUCAUUAUUUUACCGAAUCGAGAGAACUGUGAGAAUGUGAGGUGUAUCAAGUAUAGGCUAUUGCUACCAACCAACGAAGACCGCGGACACGACGUUAUUGUACUGGCGGCUUGCAACGAGAUCCGUGCACCUCUAGAAAUCCAAUCGGCGCUAUUCUGCAGUAAAAUGCCCGUCUUUUAUUUUGCGUAUAUCCUCGUUGGAGAAUUGCAUUUUCAUACACUGAGUGGCUAAACGAUUGGUUGUAUCUUCUCUGCACUUAAAUGUGAAAAGCAUUAUUCUCUUUUAAGGACACUCGAAGGACGUCUUUAUGACUGGGUUUCUUCUCGCGUCCUCCACAUUUUUUGAUUGCAUUGUGUUUACAUAAGUCUGUCCAGUAACGCCUCGCUAGUGGCUACAGUUACAGUUUUUAAAAACACAAUGGAAGUGUUAUUCAAACAAUUGAGGCUAUGUUUAUUUUCACACUGACAAAGUGGUAUAGCUGAUCAAAUUCAGGAGGAUGCACGUCCAGAAAAUGAAACUUAUAAAAAAAAGUAUUUAAGCAUUUUUGUUGUUGUACUGCAAUGUAUUGUACAGAAAUUGACAUUUUCUGACAGCAUUACAUCAUCACUGUGCCAAAGGUUCAGGAACAAGCACGGAGCACGUCUUUAACCCCAUUUAUCAGCUGCCCCUGAAUUCUUUGUAUUGUUUUGCAAGGUGCACUAUUUACAGAUGCAUCUCGGACUUGAUGAGCCGGUGCGAGAAUGUCAGUAUAACCCGAUCUGCACGCGCAACUCAUCGUCUAUGGAGACCUCGGGGCACAAAAAGAAGAGGACUCCCCGCAGGAAGUGGCAGAUCUUCCCUGGCCGAAAUAGAUUCUACUGUAAUGGAAGGGUCAUGAUGGCGAGACAGACCGGGGUCUUCUACCUAACCCUGGUCCUCAUCAUGGUCACCAGCGGGCUUUUCUUCGCAUUCGACUGCCCGUUCCUGGCGUCCAACCUGACCCCGGCCAUCCCGGUGAUCGGAGGGGUGCUGUUUGUCUUUGUUCUGGGGAUGCUGUUCAGAGCCAGCUUCAGUGACCCGGGAGUCCUGCCCCGUGCCACACCCGACGAGGCUGCCGACCUGGAGAGACAGAUUGACGCCGCUAAUGGCCCCAGUGGUCCAGGGUACAGGCCGCCCCCGAGGACCAGAGAGGUGGUCGUCAACGGGCAGACGGUCAAGCUUAAGUACUGCUUCACCUGCAAGAUCUUCAGGCCCCCACGGGCCUCGCACUGCAGCCUGUGUGACAACUGUGUCGAGCGUUUUGACCACCACUGUCCCUGGGUGGGAAACUGUGUUGGGAAGAGGAACUAUCGUUUCUUCUACCUCUUCAUCCUGUCCCUCUCCUUCCUCACCAUCUUCAUCUUCGCCUUCGUUAUUACACACGUCAUCCUGAGAUCCAACCGGACAGGCUUCCUCAGCGCACUCAAAGACAGCCCUGCCAGUGUGCUGGAGGUGCUGGUGUGUUUCUUCUCGGUGUGGUCCAUUAUGGGCCUGUCGGGCUUCCACACCUACCUCAUCAGCUCCAAUCAGACCACCAACGAAGACAUUAAAGGCUCGUGGUCGACCAAACGGGCGAAGGACAACUACAACCCCUACAGCUACGGGAACAUCCUGACCAACUGCUGUGCUGCCCUUUGUGGUCCUCUUCCACCCAGUCUUAUUGACAGAAGAGGCUUGAUCCAGUCAGACACACCCCAGCCUGUGUCACACUCCAACGGGAGCAGCAUGUACAACUCCACCCAGCUUCACACUCACAUGGCUGCCACUACCCCCCUGCUCCACAGCGACCCUGUCAUGAUGGGCGGAGAGGGACCCACUCUCCCUGGGAAGAGUUCCCUGGGGGGCCCCUGUGCCUCACUGGCCCCCAGCCAGCCUUCCCUGCCCUCCUCCAUGCCAGGCCUGGGCUGUGCGGGGGACAUGCUGACCCUGAGGGACCCAGACACCCACUGCCACCACCAUCACUUUGUCAGCCCUGAGGAGACGCCCUCGCCCGGCCCCAUGCCUCUGACUCUGCCCUGCCCCGCCCACAUGACCCACGGGGGACACAUGAACCCGGCCCAGCUCUACGACCCUGCCAGCCAGGACUCUCUGCACGAGGACUCUGUCAGGGGCCUGGUCAAACUCAGCUCUGUCUGAGACUCCCCUGGCUCUUUGAAAUCACUACCCAGACUCUGUCAGCGUGCCAAAUGACACCCUAUUCAAUAUGUAGCACUACUUUUAAAAAGUAGUGCACUAUAUAGGGAAUAGCGUGCCAUUUAGGACGCUACCCCAGCCCCCCGCUCCACACUGCCGGCUCAGUACCAAAGCCAUAAUUCCUGUUCCCCUAACAUUCCACCCCAGCCCUCCCUCCCUCCCUCCCAUCCAUAUUUGUGCCCCCCACCUGUUGAGAUAAGCUAUUCUAGUGCCAAACAGACAGAGCCUCAGUCUCCACUGCACUUGACCAGGACAAAAAUCAGGCUUCUGAGUCCCCCUUCCUCUUCACAGUAGUAUACCUAGUGCCCUACCAGUCAACCAGGCCUGGAUACAGGUCCAGGCUUCUGAAUCCCCCUUCCUCUUCACAGUAGUAUACCUAGUGCCCUACCAGGAGUCAACCAGGCCUGGAUACAGGUCCAGGCUUCUGAAUCCCCCUUCCUCUUCACAGUAGUAUACCUAGUGCCCUACCAGGAGUCAACCAGGCCUGGAUACAGGUCCAGGCUUCUGCCAAAGGCUCACGACUUGUGCUCUUUUGGGGGAAACCAUCUACCUGGACCAGGCGGUCAUUGUCCGGAAAUGAAACUGACUCGCUCUCCUCUCGUCAGCCAAACCGCCGUACCAAGGCAGUUGCCAUUUUGGUUUGCUGACAUCCAAGGACACGCGCAGCGGGACAAGGUUUGUUGAUUAGCUGGAAAGACAUGAAUCAGGACUAAAUAUAGGAUUUGUUUAUAGUUUGAUAUCUGUGUCAUGUGUCCCGAGUCAAGUGACACUCUGUUAUACAAUAGUAAUGGAAACAGCCAAUCAGUGUUGGCCCUGAACACAGAUGUCACUUCCUGUUUCAGAUUGUGUCAACACUGUAUGUGUUGAUUGGUAGUGUUCAUCAGUCCGUUCCGGUGUCAGUGUGACGCUAGCCGCAUUACAUUUUUGUUUCGUUCAAAUGUGAUGCCAAAACAUCAUGGCUGCAUCCCAAAUAGCACCCUCUAUAUUUAGUGCACUACUUUUUACCAGGGACAAAAGGACUUUGGCAAAAGUAAUGCACUAUAUAGGGAAUAGGGUGCCAUUUGGGACUGAGAUAAUAAGUAAUGUGAUGAUUGUACCAAGAAAUUCUCAUUUACUUAUUUUUAAUGAAUAAAUUCACAUAUUUUUAUGUA